CGCUGGAGCCUGAAAGGCUACAGCCUCUUUCCUCCCCCGCCCCGGGAGCGGCUCCACCCCUUCCCCUCACUGCCGGCGGCCACUGCCCCCUCAGCAGCUGUGCCCCCAGCGUGUGUCUCCUGGGGCCUCCCUGCUCUCCCUGCCCAGCAGAGCAGUUGGAGCAGACAGGCAGGCUACCUAGAAGACUGUUUGGUGGGGCCCUGCCCUGAGGUGGAAACCCAGCAAAGCCUGCCCUUUCUCCCCUCUAUACCCCUGAUCCACAAGGCGGCCCACCCGAUCCUCAGAUCCUUGGGUGUGGCAAAUCCUGCAGGUAGUGAGCAGUAGGAGAAUUUCCAAAACUUCCGACUUGCCACCUGGAAGAAAGUCACUUUCUUUUGAGCAAAGGAGAUAAUGAGAGGUACCCUGCCAGUGUCCACUGAGAGGCCGGGGUGGCAUGAGCCACAGUUGCUCUGGGUGGGUUGUGGUACCUGGGGCUGGGUGGCUCGCCCUAAGCUUGCUCUGACAAAAGAGUUUUGAGUUGGUCUUUUGGCUGAGCCUGCCAAGAAAGGCAGGCUCCUGCAGGAGUCUUGGAGGGUCGGAUGCAGCGCCGGAUGAGGAUGAGGCGUGGCAGAAGAUGCGUUUGGCUCUGCAGACACUGCAUCGGGCAGCAGGGGACUCUGGGAGGCUGGUGCAGCCAGAAGGCAUGGCUCUUGACAGCCUUCUAGUAGAAUCUCUGGAAUUAUGCAUGACAGAAGAGGAAAGAAACUAACGGGUAUUGAGCACCUACUGUGUGCCAGGCCCAGGCCAGCUUGUACAACUAGAGAGAAUUCUCCACAAACUGGCUAUAUGGUAUGAAACAGUCGUCCUACCUCCUUGAAGGACCUGAGCCAACAGCCUGAGGGAGAGUUUGGGUGAAAGCUCCAGGACACUGAGGUUCCCCCCACCUCCAGCCAGUCUGUGCAGACCUGCUGCCUGCUAUGUCAUCGAGAACGCAAAGGCUGGGAAGAAGGCCCUUCCCAAAACGGACUGGUGUUGCAGGGUGAGAAGCUGCCCCCUGACUUCAUGCCAAAGCUCGUCAAGAAUCUCCUAGGCGAGAUGCCUCUAUGGGUCUGCCAGAGUUGCCGAAAGAGCAUGGAGGAAGAUGAAAGGCAGACAGGUCGAGAACAUGCAGUGGCGAUCUCCUUGUCACACACAUCCUGCAAAUCACAGUCUUGUGGGGGUGACUCUCAUUCCUCUUCGUCUUCCUCUUCAUCGUCCUCGUCCUUGUCCUCCUCCUGCCAUGGGAACUCAGGGGACUGGGAUCCCAGCUCAUUCCUGUCAGCACAUAAGCUCUCAGGCCUCUGGAACUCCCCGCACUCCAGUGGGGCCGUGCCAGGCAGCUCGCUCGGGAGUCCUCCUACCAUCCCCGGUGAGGUUUUUUCCAUCUCGGAGCACCACCGGCAUUCAGACCUCACUGCUCCACCUAAUAGCCCCACCGGCCACCAUCCACAGCCAACGUCACUGAUCCCAUCUCACCCCAGAUCCUUUGGCUCACCACCCCACCCACACCUGCUGCCCACCUCCCCAGCAGCACCUUUCCCUGCCCAGGCUUCAGUAUGCCCUGUUGCUGCUGCUGCUGCCCCUAGCACUCCAGGGGCCUGUCAGAGCCCCCACCUGUCCUCUACCAGCAUGCCGCUCCUGAAGAUGCCUCCACCAUUCUCGGGGUGCAACCACCCCUGUAGUGGGCACUGCAGUGGGCACUGUGGCGGUCCUCUCCUCCCACCACCGAACUCUCAGCAGCUCCCUAGCACUCACAGCAGGGACCCCGGGUGCAAGGGGCACAAGUUUACACACAGUGGCCUGGCCUGCCAGCUACCCCAGCCCUGCGAGGCAGAUGAGGGGCUAGGCGAGGAAGAGGACAGCAGCUCAGAGCGUAGCUCCUGCACAUCGUCCUCCAUCCACCAGAGAGAUGGGAAGUUCUGUGACUGUUGCUACUGUGAGUUCUUCGGCCACAAUGCGCCACCCGCCGCCCCGACGAGUCGGAAUUAUACCGAGAUCCGAGAGAAGCUCCGCUCGAGGCUGACCAGGCGGAAAGAGGAGCUGCCCAUGAAGGGGGGCGCCCUGGGCGGGAUCCCUGGGGAGCCUGCCGUGGACCACCGAGAUGUGGAUGAGCUGCUGGAAUUCAUCAACAGCACGGAGCCCAAAGUCCCCAACAGCGCCAGGGCUGCCAAGCGGGCCCGGCACAAGCUGAAAAAGAAGGAAAAGGAGAAGGCCCACUUGGCAGCAGAAGCUCUAAAGCAGGUGAAUCGUAGUGUUUCUGGAAGCCAGGAACCAAGGCCUACUAGGGAGAGGCUCUUGGAGUGGCCCGACCGGGAGCUGGAUCGGGUCAACAGCUUCCUGAGCAGCCGUCUGCAAGAGAUCAAGAACACUGUCAAGGACUCCAUCCGCGCCAGCUUCAGUGUAUGUGAGCUCAGCGUGGACAGCAAUGGCUUCUCUAAGGAGGGGGCUGCUCAGCUAGAUGCCCAGAAUCUACUCUCCUCAAACCUCAGUGGCUCCUCAGAGCAACAGCCUGACAUCAACCUUGACCUGUCCCCUUUGACUUUGGGCUCCCCUCAGAACCACAUGUUACAAGCUUCAGGUGAGCCAGCCCCACCAUGGGCAGAAAUGAGAGUCCCUCACCCACCGUGGACCGAGGUGAGGGGCCCCCCACCCGGAAUCAUCCCUGAGAAUGGGCUAGUGAGAAGACUCAACACCGUGCCCAACCUGUCCCGGGUGAUCUGGGUCAAGACACCCAAGGCAGGCAACCCUAGCUCUGAGGAGCCAAGCCCAAAGGAGGUCUCCCCUUUCAAGCAGGAGCCUCCUGAGACUGUGGCCUCAGGUGGAAAGCUGCGGAAGAGCAAAAGACAGGGCAGUCAGGCCAAGAAGAGUGAGGCGAGCCCAGCCCUCCAGUCCCCGGCCAGCCUUGAGGCUCCUAGUGCCAAGGGCCAGACCCCCAGCCCCAAACAGCCAGGCAAGGCCCUAGAGCUUCCCAAAGUGGGCAGCUGUGCCGAGGCUGGAGAGGGGAGCCAGGGGAGCCGGCCAGGACCAGGCUGGGCUGGCAGCCCCAAAGCUGACAAGGAGAAGGGCAGCUCCUGGCGAAAUUGGCCAAGUGAGGCCAAGGCACGGCCUCUGGAACAGGAGUUUGUGCAGCCCCCAGGCCCCACAAGGCCACAGAGCUUGCCGCAGGGCAAGGGCCGCAGCCGCCGCAGCCGCAACAAGCAAGAGAAGUCAGCCUCCUCCUUGGACGAUGUGUUCCUGCCCAAGGACACGGAUGGGCUGGAGAUGGAUGAGACUGACCGGGAGGUGGAGUACUUCAAGAGGUUCUGUUUGGAUUCUGCAAAGCAAACUCGUCAGAAAGUUGCUGUAAACUGGACCAACUUCAGCCUCAAGAAAACCACUCCCAGCACAGCUCAGUGAGCCCCUGCCGGGUGGAGCUGCUUCAGGGUGACCUGAGACCCCAACUGCCAACUGAAGGUCUACAGUUUCUUUCUCCACAUCCCUACCCACCUGCAAGACCUUCCCUGCUCCCUGCCAUCUGGGACCAACCAAAAGCUGAAUGGAUGCCGUGCCGUACUGGGGCCUCUCAGGACCCUGUGCAGAGCCGCCUCCUGGUGCUAUGUAGCCUCCACACUCAGAGCCUGGGGGCUGGGCUGGCCUGUGGGUCAGGGGCUGAUGGUACUGCUGGCCCAAUACUGCUCUCUUUGUGUUUGGUUUUUUGUUUUUGUUUUUCAAUUCUUUACUUUUGAUACUGUGAAGAUCUUUCCUGCCGAAAGAUAAAACGACAUUUGGACAGAGA